AUAAGUAGGAAGAGGCACACACAAUUCAUCCACGUUAAGCAUUUGUGAGAGAAUGAAUCCAUUUAAACACUCGAGACAGAAACAAUCAAACAAAUAAGCAGCAACAUCAAAACGCGCUACGCUCUUUAAAUCUUUACCGAACUUAACUGUACACUGUUGACUUACAACACAAAACGACGUCGUUUCCUGAUGGGGUUCAUCUCUAUACUCUGCCCCUGCAUGGAGACUCGUCUCAGGGGAUCCGCCGCACCCUCCCACGAUCCCGGCGACGGAGACGCUGCAGACACCUUCGAUCUCUUCUUCGGCCUCCACACACUUCAGCUCGCCACGAAUUUCUUCUCUGAGCUCAACCAGCUUGGUCAUGGAGGCUUUGGCCCUGUUUACAAGGGGUUGAUGCCUAAUGGCCAAGUAGUAGCUGUUAAGAAGCUUUCAUUAGAAUCAAGACAAGGUGUCAAAGAAUUUACCAACGAAGUCAAGCUGUUACUAAAAAUUCAGCACAAAAACUUGGUUACUCUGCUUGGCUGCUGUAUAGAAGGACCUGAAAAGAUGCUUGUUUACGAGUAUCUGCCCAACAAAAGUCUUGAUCACUUUCUGUUUGAUAAAACAAAGUCUUCAUAUCUGGACUGGACAACACGGUUUAGAAUAGUUACAGGAGUGGCGAGAGGACUUCUCUACCUGCACGAGGAGGCUCCGGAAAGAAUAAUUCACAGAGACAUUAAAGCUAGCAACAUAUUACUUGACGAGAGGUUAAAUCCAAAAAUAUCAGAUUUUGGUUUGGCGAGGCUGUUUCCUGGAGACGAUACUCACGUGCAGACAUUCAGGAUUUCUGGUACACAUGGUUACAUGGCUCCUGAAUAUGCAUUGCGUGGAUAUCUAUCCGUGAAGACAGAUGUUUUCAGUUUUGGGAUCUUGGUGUUGGAAAUAGUUAGCGGGAGGAAAAAUCACGACGUGCAAUUUGGUGUAGAAAAGGCUGAUCUCUUGAAUUAUGCAUGGAUACUUCAUCAGGGAGGAAAAGUUAUGGAUUUAAUUGACCAAACUCUUGGUAGAUACAACCCUGAUGAGGCAGCAAUGUGCAUUCAGCUUGGAUUGUUGUGCUGUCAAGCAAGUAUAGUAGAUAGGCCUGACAUGAAUUCUGUUCAUCUCAUGCUCUCAAGUGAUUCUUUUACAUUGCCAAGGCCAGGUAGACCCGGAAUCCAUGGCCGUGUCGGACAUUGGACAACAACCACCACCUCUGCUUUUACCAAUACUAAUGCUAGUAGUGGAACCAAGGCUUCAGGAGGUAGUAGGGUUUCAGGAGCUAGUAGUUAUGUGGAGGAUUUUUCUAGGAAUUCUAUCUCCACUUCUUCUUUUGAUGAAGGCAGAUGAGUAUAGUGUAAUCAGUUACUUAGAGCUUAUUUUUUUGUAACAUGAUAUUUAUACUAUUACUAGUAUAAACACAACUAAAUAAGUCUGAUCUUAUAUAAAAGAAUAUGAGAAUUGAGACCUUCUUAUAUGCUGCUUUGAGCAUUUUAGUGAUUCAUUAAUAACAAGCUUGAAGGAUCUUAAGGUUGUACUUACAAUGAAGGGA